UGUUUGGUUGAACAAGAGAGAUAUUUCUCUUCUUCCAUAAAACCCAAAACCCUACUUCUCCUGUCAUAUUAUCCUCACUUUUGCUUCUUUUUUCACUUCUUCAACUCACUUCCUAUUCUCUUUCAUUUCAUUCCAUGCAAGCAUAGUUGGCAAGCUCCAAUCGCGAUGAGAAACACUGAAUACUGAGGGUAAUGGAAGACUAUGAUACACGGAGGGAUAAUGGUGGAAGUGGAGUGGCAGUGCCACCCUGCACUUGCUCGGGAGAAGAAUUUCGCGCGUCUGGCGGUGGAAAAGGAUCAUUGCGAGUUGUCGCGGCUGCUAGAAACGGUUCUUCUGUUUCAAAUUAUGACAUGGCUGUGUCGCGGAACGUCAAGAAAACACAAAAGCGUAAAGGUCUUCAGGAGCUGUUCACAGCCGAUUACAUUGUGAACAGAGUGUUGCGGAAGGACGGUCCUUCGCUUGGUCAGGAGUUUGACUUUCUUCCUUCUGGACCCAGACACACUUCUGCUUGUCAAGAGGACCAAGGAUCCUCAAAAAAGAGGAAGGGUUCCAAGAGUGCAAUUCAAAGUCUCACCGAUUGUAAUAGGACAGCACCUGUGAAGAAGCAUGGUAUUGGCAAAGGUCUGAUGACAGUUUGGAGGGCAACAAAUCCUGAUGCUGGAGACCUUCCAAUUAAUUUUGGCGUUGAUGGCCAAGAAGUUCCUUUACUUUCAAAUUCUAUAGGACUGAAGCUGAUCCAUGAAAACAACAGAUCACGAAAAACAGUAAACAGGAAUGUAAUGCCAAAAAAUAAAAUGCAGAAUAAGAGAAAUAAAUCACAGGAUAAGAGGAAAAUUUCCAUGCAAAGAAGAGUGGGGGAACUGAACCUAGGUGUGACUCAGAAUCAGUCACCAAAUAAAAGCUGUGGACUAGCUCUUGAUAAUGCAAUAUCCGAGGAGGGAGUUGAUCGAGUUUCAAUGUUAAUUGAUGAUGAAGAGCUAGAGCUGAGGGAGUUACAAGUAGAAACUGAUCUGUUUAGGUGUUCUAAUCAUCUUGCUGCCAGUGGAAUGCUUGUCUGCUCACUUUGUAAAGAUGCGCUAGUGAAGUUUCCACCAGAUACUGUCAAGAUGAAGAAACCUAUCCAUUUGCAACCAUGGGACUCCUCUCCUGAAAUUGUGAAGAAAUUAUUUAAGGUUUUCCAUUUCAUUUAUACAUAUGCCAUAAUUGUUGAUAUUUGUCCCUUCACUCUUGACGAGCUUGUUCAAGCUUUUCAUGACAAGGACUCAAUGUUACUUGGCAAGAUUCAUGUAGCCCUGCUCACACUUCUUCUAUCUGACAUUGAAGCGGAGCUAACUAAUGGAUUUUCACCUCAUUUAAAUAAAUCAUGUAACUUUCUUGCAUUGCUUCACUCGGUUGAAAGUCAGGAAUAUUCCCUGGACUUCUGGAGAAGAUCUCUAAAUUCUCUUACUUGGAUUGAAAUACUUCGUCAAGUGCUGGUUGCUUCUGGAUUUGGUUCGAAACAAGGGUCCUUACGUAGAGAUGUCCUUAACAAGGAAUUGAAUCUUCUUGUAAACUAUGGUCUAUGCCCUGGCACCUUGAAGAGUGAGUUGUUUAAUAUUUUGUCAGAGAGAGGAAACACUGGAUGCAAAGUGGUUGAGCUGGCAAAGUCAAUGCAGAUUGUUGAAUUAAACCUUGCCAGCACUACAGAGGAACUUGAGUCUUUAAUAUGUUCUACUCUGUCAAGUGAUAUUACUUUAUUUGAAAAGAUUUCAUCGACUGCUUACCGACUGCGAAUGAGCACAGUUAUGAAGGACAGUGAUGAAUCUCAUUCAGAUACGGAGUACUCUGGUAGUGUUGAUGAUGAACUUGAUGACACUGAUACAUGCAGCAGUGCUGAUGAUUUUGAAAAUGAUUCAAUUAAUUCCAGUAUAAGAAAAUUGAAGAGUGUAAACAGUCAUAAAAAUAAUAUGCGGAAAAUAUACACUGAAAUUGAUGAGAGCCGUUCCGGAGAAGCAUGGUUGUUAGGACUGAUGGAGAGUGAAUAUUCGAACUUAAAAAUUGAAGAAAAAUUGAAUGCAUUGGCAGCUUUAACUGAUCUUGUUUCAUCUGGAUCCAGCGUUAGGAUGAAGGAUUUGUCUAAAGUCUCAGCUGAUUGCAAUUCUAGCAUCCAAUUACCAGGAUCUGGAGCUAAAAUAAAGAGAUCAGUAGUAACGAAACCUGGGUCCCUUUUGAACCAUAAAGUACACUUGAAUUCUGAUCCCUGUAGUGUAGACUCCUCAUUAUUAUUCUCAAGAUUCCACAGUUAUGAAGCUUACUUCCAAAAGGGAAACGGUCCAUCUAUGUCACAUCCCAUUCAAUCAGUGUUUUUGGGAUCUGAUCGUCGGUACAAUAGAUACUGGCUUUUCUUGGGCCCAUGUAAUGUAGAUGAUCCUGGUCACAGGAGGAUAUAUUUUGAAUCUUCUGAAGAUGGUCACUGGGAGGUUAUUGAUACUGUGGAGGCGUUAUGUGCAUUGAUGUCAGUUCUGGACGAUAGAGGAAAACGGGAGGCUCUUCUUAUUGAAUCAUUGGAAAGGAGACAAACAUCACUAUGCAGAUCUAUGGCCAGGAUUAAUGUUAAUAGUACUGGAAUGGGUUCUAUGUCACAUUCUGAUCAGUCUGAACUGGAUAUGGUCACAGAUGACAGUUAUUCUCCUGCAUCUGAUGUAGACAACCUGAACAUGACCGAGACAGCUAAAGACUCCUUUCCUUCAGCUGGGGCUGUGGUAAUUGAAGCUGGAAAGAAAGUAGAGGAUCUAAUUAAAAAAUGGAUCCGUGUUCAAGAAUACGAUUCUUGGAUUUGGAAUUCUUUUUACUCAGAUCUCAAUGUUGUAAAAUAUGGUAGAAGGUCUUACAUGGACUCUCUUGCCAAAUGUAAGAGUUGUCAUGAUCUUUACUGGCGAGAUGAGAGACACUGUAAAAUUUGCCAUAUGACAUUUGAGCUUGAUUUUGACCUAGAAGAAAAAUAUGCUAUCCACAUAGCCACAUGCAGGGAGAAAGAAGACAACAACACAUUUCCUAAUCACAAAGUGCUGCCAUCACAGAUUCAAUCUCUGAAAGCUGCAGUUUAUGCUAUUGAGUCUGUUAUGCCUGAGGAUGCCCUGGUUGGUGCUUGGAGGAAAUCUGCUCAUAAACUAUGGGUGAAACGACUCAGACGCACCUCAACUUUAGUGGAGCUUUUACAGGUUCUUGAUGAUUUUGUUGGUGCCAUCAAUAAGGACUGGUUGUUUCAAUGCAAAUUUCCGGAUGAUGUGUUUGAAGAAAUCAUUUCAUCGUUUGCAUCUAUGCCCCGUACAUCAUCCGCCCUUGGUUUGUGGUUAGUGAAGCUAGAUGUCAUAAUUGCUCCCUACCUGGACAGAGUCCAUCCUCUGAAAAAGCAGGGAACCGGUCAACAUGGUCCUUGGCGAUAGGUGUGCUUACGUUUGUUUAAUGCAUUCGUAUAUUGUGAUUGAAAUGAAGAAACUAGCUGUUCCGCUCCUGGACGCCCUGGUGGAUUCAUCUUACUUGUCAAACAUUCUUGCGCUGCCUUUGGUUCCGAAUUUUUAGAUUGACUACCAUACAAACAGUUUCGCCAAGGCUAAGCACACGUCAAAUUUCAUUUUUCUUGUAUCCUCCCCUUUACCCUCUUUUUUCCCUUAUACAAGCAAUCUUAGUGGUCACAUGUAUAGCUUUAUAUUUUUUAUAUAAAAAAUUACUAGGUAGCUCUAGUUUUUCGGUGCGUAGUCCCACUCGGUUUCUACAAGGUCACCCAUUUUUAUUGCUUCAUCAUGUUUGUGGUCUUCUCGUUUGAGAAAUCAAUUUUGUCUUUGUAUCUUACAGAAUAAUAAUGUCGUACUGGUUGAAAAUAAUUUGUAUUAUGAGAGGAUUACAGAGUUUAAGGCCGUUUAUUAAGUAAAAACGACAUGCGAGUU